AUGUAUAUGGCUUAUAAUAUUGAAGUUGCUCAUAGACUUUUUAAAGAAUUACAAAAAGACCCUCAUUAUCAAAAUAAGCCCAGUUUAAUUGUUAGCAAGCAACAUCAUUAUCAAUCAUCGGAACUUAUUAAUGCUAUCGGUAAAGAAAAGGAAAAUAUUAGAAAUUUUAAAGACCCUCAAUCAGACUUAAAUAUUGCCAUCGUGGUUGACAAAUUAACCACCGGGUUUAAUAUGGAAAACUUGGAAAGGAUUUAUUUAGACCAACAAAUCACCGCCCCCCACAAUUUUUUUCAAAAAAUAUCGCGGGUUAAUCGAAAGUAUUCAGAAAAAGACCAAGGAUUUGUGGUCGAUUUAGUGGGAAAUGAAGAAACUUAUCAAAAAGUAUUAAUUGAAUAUUUUGAUGAUAAAAGCAGUGGUGAAUAUGGUAGUGGAAAAAUAGAAAAAUUAUGA